AUGGAAAACUACCUGCAAACCUUCAGGGCCGACAGAACGUGGGUUGAGAAUAGCGAAAAAGUGCCAUCAGGCAGACGGAAAUGGAAUCGCGACAUGGCUGCGGCGUUGAACUUUCGCAUCAUCCUUAAUGCCCUGCUUACAGGCGAGCGGCCUCCCCGUUUCUUGCGCAAAAAUGCAUCGUCAGAGUCGGCUGAAGCCGAGCCUACAGCGACACCUGAGAGUUUGCUCAAUCCAAAGCCCAAACCCAAGCGUGUGCGCAAGAAUCCAUCUGCCCCUGUCCGCAAGAGUGGUGCUGACCUUCGCUGGCUGUGGUAUGACUACGGCGGCGACAAGCAGCGGUAG